GUGUGUGGUUGUUUGUGGUGGUUGGUGUGAGGAGGGCGUGCGGAUAAAGCAAGCCAGGCAUUUCACCCGUACAACGUAAACAUGGGGGCUUGUAUGGCCCUGUGCUCUUUGGCCAGCUGCGCCUCCUGUCUGUGUGGCUCAGCUCCAUGUCUUUUGUGUGGCUGCUGUCCUUCCUCCAACAACUCCACCGUCACCCGGCUGGUCUUCUCCUUCUUCCUGCUGCUGGGGACCAUGGUGUCUGUCAUCAUGAUCCUUCCUGGGAUGGAGGCGCAGCUCCGCAAAAUCCCAGGAUUUUGCCAGGGAGGAUCCACGAUACCUGGUAUUGAAAACCAGGUUAACUGUGAUGUGAUUGUUGGCUACAAGUCUGUGUAUCGUAUGUGCUUUGCCAUGACCUGCUUCUUCUUCCUGUUCUUUGCUAUAAUGAUAAAUGUUCGUAACAGCAAAGAUCCACGUGCAGCUCUUCAAAAUGGGUUCUGGUUCUUUAAGUUUCUGAUCCUGGUUGGGAUUACAGUGGGAGCUUUUUUCAUCCCUGAUGGAACAUUUCAUACUGUGUGGUUUUACUUUGGAAUGGUGGGCUCCUUUAUUUUCAUCUUGAUCCAGCUUAUUCUCCUCAUCGACUUUGCUCACUCCUGGAACAAGGUCUGGGUAGGAAAUGCUGAAGAAAGUGACAACAAAUGCUGGUAUGCAGGGCUGCUGUCUUUCACAGUCAUCUACUACGCCCUUGCUUUCACUGCUGUGGUGCUUUUCUAUAUUUACUACACCCAGCUGGACGAUUGCACGGAGCACAAAGUCUUCAUCAGCCUCAACCUCAUCUUCUGCAUCAUCAUCUCUGUUGUCUCCAUCUUACCAAAGAUACAGGAAGUUCAGCCUCACUCCGGUCUCCUCCAGGCGUCGCUGAUCUCCCUCUACACGAUGUACGUCACAUGGUCUGCCAUGACCAACAAUCCAAACCGGAAGUGUAACCCCAGCCUGUUGAGCCUGGUCUCAAACGUCACCACUGCCCAGUCACCUGGUGACGGCGUCCCAGAGCAGGUGCAGUGGUGGGAUGCUCAGGGUGUUGUUGGUUUGAUCAUCUUCCUCUUCUGCACUCUCUAUGCCAGUAUUCGUUCAUCUAGCAACGCCCAAGUGAACAAGCUGAUGCAGACAGAGGAGGGCAUGGGCUCAGGAGGAGAGGGUGUGGUGGGAGAGGACGGUGUACGCAGGGCUGUUGACAACGAGGAAGAGAAGGUCAAUUACAGCUACUCCUUUUUCCACUUCCACCUCUGCCUGGCCUCCCUGUACAUCAUGAUGACCCUCACCAACUGGUACAAACCAGACACCACCACCAAGGCCAUGCAGAGCAGUAUGCCGGCAGUGUGGGUGAAGAUGUGCUCCAGCUGGCUGGGUUUGGGGCUCUACCUCUGGACCCUCAUCGCUCCUCUCAUCUUCCCUGACAGGGAUUUCAACUGAGAGCUCCAUUUCUUAUGGUUGUAUUUCAUUGUUUUUUUUUUGUUUUUAAUUGCCUUUUGUAUAUGAAGGAUGGUACGGUCUGUUCUGGAAAGUUUAGCAUUAAGACUUCAGUUUCUUUUUAUUCCUUUUUCGUAUUUUGCCUGUCCUUUUUUUGUUUUGGAGGUGUUUUAUUGCACUUAGCUGGUUUACUGCCUGUAAAAACCAUUACAGUGCUCUGAACAUUUUUGCUGAUUCUUUUAGCCUGUAUGUCAAUGGCUUGAGCCAUAAAGAUUUAUUUUAUUUGCCACUGACUCACACUUACAGGCUACCUUACUAUCUUCUGCUGCGUUAUUCUACAAGCUCCUUUUACUCAAUGUUAUUUACUAGGUUCUCCUCAAGAUUCACCAAUGAGACAGUUUCUCAGUACCUCAGACGUUUCAUUAACAGAUUCCCCUUUAAAGGCCUUUCUCAUCUGACCCCCCCAUAUCAGUCAGGUCUGGAUUAGCCCUGAUUAGCAGGACUCCCUGACGGCGGGGGGGGGCGACAGGGGUUGCCCUGCUCAGGAGCCCCAGAGUGAUGAGUGUUUGUGGCUAGAUAAGACCAAUAAGGCACGCCCUAAAGAUCAUAACAGGGUUUCCCUGGUGCUGCUGGACUGUAUGCAUAACCACGUCAUUGCAUCUUGAGCCAGAGAAUCCUAACAGAAAGCUUGUCUAAUCUUAGCUCUUCCUGGUCUGCUCUAAUUUAAGACGGUUUACACCCGGUGCUAAGCUUUUCCAUGUGUUCAGAUUCGGAGAGCCACGGGCAACAGAAAUCACCUGUGUAGCAGUUUGAUCCGCAGAUCAGCUUCAUGCAGUGUGCAGGUACAACGUUCCACGUGUGAUGCCAAGAACGCCACGCUUACCUAUUUUUUUUUUUUUUUAUAAAUGACACUACUUCUUUGCAGAGUGACUUAAGGAGAAAAGGGAUUUUUAAAUGUACUGUACAAGUCAGUAAUGAUUGUUAAAAUGAAGAAUUGGUGUUACAUAGUAUUGACUUUGAUAGUAAUUUGAGAGAUGGUGGUACGGUACCAAUGCAUUAUGUAGUACCUCCGUUUUAUUAUAUCUAGGAAAAAGAAGAUCAGAUAAGAAUAUGUUGCACAUGUAAAGAAACAGUUUAUGUACAAUCCAGAAAAUGUUCAUUUGUGUUUUUUUUUUUUCUUCUUCUUCUUUUCCGUCCACAUUUCAUCUGGCACCCCCGUGAUUCUAAAAUCCUUUUGAAGUAAGGAUUUAAUAAUGUUGCAAUAAUUUAAUUUUUUUCUUCCCUUAACUGUUGUACAUUUGAUCCUUCUGUGGGUUUAUUCUGAAUUGCCUUUGUAAUUUCAUGUCAUAUUUCAUUACAAUAUUAAGUGCCUUUUUUUUGUAGUCUUGCAUUUCAGAAGAGAUGUAUCACAAACAUUGACGUGAUCAUUCAUCUUUCCUUAAAUGAUGGGAAGUAUGUCAUUGCAUGCCAUAAAGCUUUGUUCUUUUAACUAAAUUAAUAUUACAAUUAAUGUAUAACAGACUUUUAAUAAAGUUGGAAACAUUCUCUCGCA